UUUUGAUAGAAGAAAUAUUUUGUAUGAAAAUAUUGCAUUUUCUUCCAACUUUGUGUACGGUCAUUUGACAGCUGUCAAUGGUGUUGCACGUGAACAAUGCAGAUAAGAUAACAUCGAGAGAAAUAACAAUUCCCAAAUAUUUAUACAGUCAUAGCGCAAGUGAAAUAGAAAGAUCUUUACAAUUAUGGGCACCGUAAAUAAUAAUGUACCAAUUUCAAUCGAACAUAAAAUAGGUGAUAAUCUCAAAGUAUUGGAGCAAAAUUCUCAAAUCAAAGAGCUCCAAACCAUAAUCCGCGAUAGGAAUACUAGUCGAAGUGAUUUUAAAUUCUAUGCCGAUCGUUUGAUUCGGUUGGUGAUUGAAGAAAGUUUAAACCAAUUGCCAUACUCAGACUGCUCCGUUGUGACGCCCACUGGAGCAAUCUACGAUGGUUUAAAAUAUCAGUCAGGCAAUUGCGGUGUGUCCAUUGUUCGUUCGGGUGAGGCAAUGGAACAAGGACUACGUGAUUGCUGCCGAUCAAUUCGGAUUGGUAAAAUUUUAGUCGAAUCGGAUGCCGAAACACACGUUGCCAAAGUAGUUUAUGCUCGUUUUCCGGAUGACAUCGCCAAACGGCAAGUUUUACUCAUGUAUCCAAUCAUGUCAACCGGCAAUACGGUUGUUCAGGCCGUGAAUGUUUUGAAAGAGCAUGGUGUAAAGGAAUCUUCAAUUAUUUUAUCGAAUUUAUUUUGCACGCCACAAGCGGCUAAAACCGUCGUUGCCGCUUUCCCAGACAUGAAAAUUCUCACAUCGGAACUCCAUCCAGUGGCACCGAACCACUUCGGACAACGUUAUUUCGGCACCGAUUAGGUGCAUUUACUCAGCAACGAAUAACAGCUAUGCCAUUCACAUAUGCCAUUGGCAUCGAUCAACAUCAUUGUUUCAUCUCCGAGUCAUAGUCCUAAUGUAUAAGUUUCGACAACGCUGUAUUUAUAUAUAUAUAUAAAAAUAAAACAUUUACCAUGCAAACUAUUUUCGAAAAGCCAUAAAAAUAUUUCAACUAA